UGGUUUCUUUCUUAAAAUUGAAUUGAAUAGUUUUAAAGAAACCAAAACGACUUGGAAGCUGACAAAAACGACACAAUGCCAAUCUACCACCAUAUUCAAAAGUUCACACAUUCAUCUCCUAAAAAGACAACUUCUACUUAUUCCCCACUCCUCAGUUUCCGCUUUUAACCACAACAAAACCAAAAUGAAACUUUCAGAGAAAACCAACAACUAUUAUUACAUUCUCUCCAUAUUCAUCAUCCUCAUUGCAUUCCUCAUCAACAAUGCAAAUUGUAUCAGGUUCCCGGAUCGGGUCGCUCAACCCGCCCGAGAACAACCCGAUCAACAACGCUUGCAAACCGCGGUAUUCGCUCUCGGAAGUUUCUGGAGAUCUGAAGCUGUGUUCGGGUGUUUACCUGGUGUUGUGAGGACCACGGUGGGUUAUUCCGGUGGAUCUAAACCUAAUCCUGAAUAUCGUAGUUUUGGUGAUCACGCUGAAUCCGUUCAGGUUGAGUAUGAUCCACGGUUAAUUAGUUUUGGGGAACUACUUGAUAUUUUUUGGUCUAGUCAUGACCCCAGGCAGGUGUUUGGCCAAGGUCCUGAUGUGGGUAAUCAGUACAGAUCUAUUAUUUUUGUUAAUGGAACUGAAGAAUCAAGAAUGGCUUCUGUCAGCAAAGAACAGGAGCAAACCAGGUCAAGAAGCAGCAUUGUGACUACUCAAAUUCUGCAACUGGGAACAUUUCAUCCGGCAGAGCCUGAGCACCAGAAAUUUGAACUCAAGCAAAAUACCUUCCUUCUUCAGCUAAUUGGGAACCUGCCUGAAGAGGAGCUCGAGAGAUCAAACCUGGCAACAAAACUGAAUGGAUAUGUAGCUGAGCUUUGCCCUCCAAAUAUCCAAAAGCAAAUUGAUGCAAAGAUCAACGAGAUUUUAAAAAAGGGUUGGCCGAUUUUAAGGGAAUUGUAAUCGGCCUUUAAGGGAUUGCUCAUAUUCAUAUUGCCAUUCUGUGGCCAUCAUGCUCAGUGUAUCUAUAGGCUUGGUUCAAGAGCUUGUAAUGUAUCAGUUACAUGGCUCGAAAUACCAGAAAGAAAAUUAGGCACAUGGUUUUUGCACGGUCCGUAUAUGAUUAUACUACUCUGUUGUAAUUAUUGUAACAGCGAUCGAACUCGAGUCCCACUCACCCUGUGAAGAAGAAACAUUUUUUAUUUGUGAGCUCUUAAAUUUCAUUUCUAAUUUGCCAUAUGAUAACUACAUUUGAGGAACUUGUAAACCCAGCUUGCCAUUCAUCAAGCUGAAGAACUAAUUAAAUUACGUUCAUACUUGUUAGA